AUGUACCGCAACACUGCCGCCCGCUCCGUGCUCCGGGCCAUCUCGAGCUCCAAUGCCUCCGUGGCUCGCUCUUCCAUGGGCGCUCCCGUCUUCAAGGCCCAGCUGACCUCGUCCGCCCGUGCCGUCCGCCCGGCCAUCAAGCCCAGCUUCGCGCUCGCCGCUCACAAGCCCGUCACCACCGCUCUCGUGCGCUUCGCUUCUUCCUCCGCUAAGGAUGACGAGAACGUCGACAUGAUGGCCGGUAUGAAGUCCGAGGCUCAAGUUAUCAAGGACACUUUCAGUCUGAAGGAGGUUCCCAAGGAAGCUCUGGCUCUCGGUAUUGCCGGUGUCGUCCCUUACCUGGCCACCUCCCUCCAGACCGUCUACCUCUCCUACGAGAUCAACCGUGCCGCCGCCCUCGGUGACGGUCUGAUCUUCUCUGGCCAGAGCGCUGAGCUGAUGCUGCACAUGCUUGAGCCCAUCCAGGUUGGCUACGGUGCCGUCAUCCUCUCCUUCCUCGGUGCUAUCCACUGGGGCCUUGAGUGGGCUGGCUACGGUGGCAAGUUCGGCUAUCGCCGUUACGCUGCCGGUAUCAUUGCCCCGGCCGUGGCCUGGCCUACUCUGCUGUUCCCCACCGAGUACGCCCUGAUCACCCAGUUCCUUGCCUUCACUUUCUUGUACUACAACGACGCCCGCGCCGCCGCUGUCGGCCGUGCUCCCCACUGGUACGGCAUGUACCGCUUCGUCCUGACCUUCAUCGUCGGUGCCUCCAUUGUGGCCACCCUGAUCGGCCGUGAGCAGAUCCAGUCGAGCGUCGCCACGGAGCACACCAUCAAGGACAAGAUCAACGCUCUGAUCUUCCUGCAGAAGAAGGAGAAGGAGGAGGUUGAGGCUCGCCGCAAGGCCGAGCUCAACCAGGAUGAGGAGUAA